AUGUCAGAAUCUGUCAAAGCUUCAAACUCAUCUCAACACUCAUCACUAAACGAAGAGGGCUCUCUUGAUACUACCUCGACUUCACCGCCUUCAGCUAAACUUCAAGCGCUCGAGAAAGAACUAGAACAAGCGGCUAUAGCGCGUCGUCGUGAGCGACAAAAAACCUUACAGAAAAUCGCUGAAGGUGAAGAGAAAAACGAAGAGGAGUAUCAGGAAUGGGUGAAGAAGAUCAAAGAACUUCAAGAAGAGGGGGAUAAAGAGCGGGAAAGGAUUGAGAAGGAACUUAUUGAGGAGAUUGACAAAACGCGGAAAGCACGCGAAGAGCGUCGCCGAAGCAGCUCCCUCCGUAGUGAGUCCCAUCCAAUAGAGAUUCAAAAACCGCGUCGAGGUUCGACAGAUGUCCUUCACAAAGGUCGCGAUGUUGACACUAUCUUUGAAGAAUUCAGAAGCCAUCGUCAACACAAACUUAGUGUAGUAGACAAAAACAAUGUGGAACUCGAGAAGAAGGUUGUGGCGGAAGGACAUUUCGAAAGCGUAGGAGAUUCCAAAGGCAAGGAGGAGGGGAAAGUUGAAGAUUCGGUCAAAAUUCUGUUACAAACUCCAAUUAUUGCUGAACCUCAGGAGAUUAACAAUGAUCAUGAGGAUGGUAACUGCGAAAGCGCAAGCGGUUCUGACAACCAGCAACCAUCAUCGGAUCAUUUGUUUAUAAGAGAAAAUCGUAAAGGCACCGCAGACGCUUUUCGAUCUCACGAUUCAACUACCAAAAUUGUUACAGCCUCGUCUCCGUCACUUGUCUCUUCUUCUGAAUCAACGCUAGUACCCCAAACUGAUUCGAAUGCAACUUUAUCUCCCCCCCUGCCAACUCCCCUUGCAACAUCUCCCUCAACGCGGCAGAGCGUAGCCGAGCUCAUUCGCCAACGUGAAGCCGCCCAAUUACAGGCAAACGAACCGUCCAAAACAUCCCAGCGAAUUAAAAAACCCACGCCAGGACGAAUAAAUGUUAUGAACAAGGUUCCGUGGGCUGCGAAGGAUAACGCGGAACAAACUGCAUCGACAAAUAACCCCGCGCAUCCUCCACCGAAGAAAAUUACCUCUGCCUUUUUAUCUGCUUCGACUGCUCCUUUAAACACCACGCCAUCGUCCACCACCUCCUCAACAAAUAAAGCCCCUCCACCACGUAAAAUAACUUCCACAUUUCUGUCCACGUCAACAUCAACGUCAACUACAGUUUCUUCCGCCACUUCCACAACACCUCUUUCCCAAACGAGCAAACCGUCGCCUAAGAAACUCGAGUCCACAAUUGCAUCUCGUCUUGAAUCCGUCUUUGGUGCUGGUAUGCCACUUCCCGGCCUUGCUCGUGGAGGAGCCCCACCUAAAGUUGGCGGGAGAAAAGUGGAAAUUAGUGGUGAUGAUAAAGAGCAGACAAAUACGAAUGUUGGAAAUAACGGGAAAGUGAAGGUUAUGAUGGGGGAUGAUUCUAGUGAAAAAGCAACAAAAGAAAAAAGCGGAGUCGACGUAGUUAGUAAUAGGCCCUUGACACAUAUUACGAAAGAUCGUCCUAGACGCCCGGGACGUUCCAAACCACGCGCGCCUGUCUCCACAUCAUCCUCUCUUACUGUAGAAUCUUCAUCUGCGUCCACUUCCGACACUUCCAUUUCAAAGCAAGAUGUGGUUGAAACAGUGGAUACAACUAAUGAGAAAUCGUCUGAACAUGGUAACGACGCAAUGAAGGAAGUCACAUCUGAAGUAUCUGUUUCCACUACCUCGUCAAGCAAAUUAUCAGGUGAUGAGAGCGCCACUGGCAAUGAAGAAACUAUCGAAACUUCAACUGUAGAAACCGAGAACGAUAAAGCUUCGGAUGAAGUUGUGUCUGUAGACGCAUGA